UCGUGUCACGUGACCUAGGUAAUUGGCACAGCGCACUGGACACCCCGGCGCUCAACCCUUGACCUGCAGCCUGCGGACCACCGUGCCGCGCGGAACCUCGCCCGCCGGACUUGCUGCUGGUUGCCUGAGGAGCCCACUUUCCCUUGCUUAAGGAGAUCAUUCCCCACUUCCCUUCACCUCAUGGCCAACUGCCUAGUAGGACCGACAAAUGCCAGAUGAGUGAAGGAUUGGCUACCAGAGCCUCUUUCUGCCCUGGUCCUGUGGUUUAUGCCUCUCCCGCAUUGCCUGUGUCCAGAAUGAGUCAACUGAGGCUGCUGCCAUCCCGGUUGGGGGCACAGGCCACGAGGAUUCUGACCCCACAUAAUGUCCAGAUGUUCAGCUGGCACAGCAGGUCAUCUGGGCCACCAGCCACCUUCCCAAGCAGCAAAGGUGGAGGCAGCUCCAGUUACAUGGAGGAGAUGUACUUUGCCUGGCUGGAAAACCCCCAGAGUGUCCACAAGUCCUGGGACAGCUUCUUCCGGAAAGCCAGUGAGGAAGGCUCUUGUGUCCCGGCUCAGCCACUGCUCUCCUUCCUUGUCCCCGAGAGCAGGCCAGCAGUCUCAAGCCGGACCAAGACCAGCAAGUUGGUGGAGGACCACCUGGCUGUGCAGUCCCUGAUCCGGGCCUACCAGAUCCGGGGUCACCAUGUGGCCCAGCUGGACCCCCUGGGCAUUUUGGAUGCAGACUUGGACUCCUUUGUACCCUCAGACUUAAUCACAACCAUCGAUAAAUUGGCCUUCUAUGACUUGCGGGAGGCUGACCUAGAUAAGGAGUUCCGGUUGCCCAUGACCACCUUCAUCGGGGGCUCUGAACACACCCUCUCUCUGCGGGAGAUCAUUCGGCGCCUGGAGAGCACCUACUGCCAGCACAUUGGCCUGGAGUUUAUGUUCAUUAAUGAUGUGGAGCAGUGCCAGUGGAUCCGGCAGAAGUUUGAGACCCCUGGUGUGAUGCGGUUCUCCAGUGAGGAGAAGCGGACCCUGUUGGCCCGGCUGGUGCGCUCCAUGAGGUUUGAAGACUUCCUAGCCAGGAAGUGGUCCUCAGAGAAGCGAUUUGGCCUGGAAGGCUGUGAGGUCAUGAUACCUGCCCUUAAGACCAUCAUUGACAAAUCCAGUGAGAUGGGGAUUGAGAAUGUCAUCCUGGGAAUGCCACACAGGGGCAGGCUGAAUGUGCUGGCUAAUGUCAUCCGCAAAGACCUGGAGCAGAUCUUCUGCCAGUUUGACCCCAAGCUGGAGGCUGCAGAUGAGGGCUCUGGAGAUGUCAAAUAUCACCUCGGCAUGUACCAUGAGAGGAUCAACCGGGUCACGAACAGAAACAUUGCUCUGUCACUUGUGGCCAGCCCCUCCCACCUGGAAGCUGUGGACCCUGUGGUGCAGGGGAAGACCAAGGCUGAGCAGUUCUACCGCGGAGAUGCCCAGGGCAAGAAGGUCAUGUCCAUCCUAGUCCAUGGGGAUGCCGCCUUUGCUGGCCAGGGUGUGGUCUAUGAGACCUUCCACCUGAGUGACCUGCCAUCUUAUACCACCAAUGGCACUGUGCAUGUCGUCGUCAACAACCAGAUUGGUUUCACUACGGACCCCCGAAUGGCCCGCUCCUCACCAUACCCCACUGAUGUGGCCCGCGUGGUCAACGCUCCCAUCUUCCAUGUAAACGCAGAUGACCCAGAGGCUGUGAUAUAUGUGUGCAGUGUUGCGGCUGAGUGGAGGAACACCUUCAAUAAAGACGUUGUUGUGGACUUGGUCUGUUACCGCCGGCGUGGCCACAAUGAGAUGGAUGAGCCCAUGUUCACGCAGCCACUCAUGUAUAAGCAGAUCCACAGACAGAUGCCUGUACUAAAGAAGUAUGCAGACAAGCUUAUCUCUGAGGGCACGGUCACCCUGCAGGAGUUUGAGGAAGAAAUUGCCAAAUAUGACCGGAUCUGUGAGGAAGCAUAUGGCAAGUCCAAGGAUAAAAAGAUCCUGCAUAUAAAGCACUGGCUGGACUCCCCCUGGCCUGGCUUUUUCAAUGUGGACGGAGAGCCCAAGAGUAUGACGUGCCCAGCCACNNNNAUUCCUGAGGAUGUGCUGAGCCACAUUGGCGAUGUGGCCAGCUCUGUGCCCCUGGAGGACUUCAAGAUCCACACAGGCCUCUCUCGAAUCCUUCGGAGCCGUGCAGACAUGACCAAGAAGCGGACUGUAGACUGGGCACUGGCAGAGUACAUGGCCUUUGGCUCCCUGCUCAAAGAGGGCAUCCAUGUGCGGCUCAGUGGGCAGGACGUGGAGAGGGGCACGUUCAGUCAUCGGCACCAUGUUCUCCACGACCAAGAGAUUGACCGGAGGACAUGCGUCCCCAUGAACCAUCUUUGGCCUGACCAGGCCCCGUACACUGUGUGCAACAGCUCCCUUUCGGAAUAUGGAGUUCUGGGCUUUGAGCUGGGCUAUGCCAUGGCCAGCCCCAACGCCCUGGUCCUCUGGGAGGCUCAGUUUGGUGACUUCCACAACACGGCCCAGUGCAUCAUUGACCAGUUCAUCAGCACCGGUCAGGCCAAGUGGGUUCGACACAAUGGCAUUGUGCUGCUGCUGCCUCAUGGCAUGGAAGGCAUGGGUCCGGAGCACUCCUCAGCGAGGCCUGAGAGGUUCCUGCAGAUGAGCAAUGAUGACUCGGAUGCCUACCCUACAUUCACCAAGGACUUCGAGGUAAGCCAGCUCUACGAUUGCAACUGGAUCGUGGUCAACUGCUCCACUCCGGCCAGCUACUUCCAUGUUCUGCGCCGGCAGAUCCUGCUGCCCUUCCGCAAGCCGCUGAUCAUCUUCACACCUAAAUCUCUACUGAGGCACCCAGAGGCCAAGUCCAACUUUGACCACAUGCUGUGUGGAACCAGCUUCCAGCGAGUGAUUCCUGAGGAUGGGGCCGCGGCACAAGCUCCUGAGCAGGUGAGGCGGCUCAUCUUCUGCACAGGAAAAGUGUACUAUGACCUGGUGAAGGAGCGGAGCAGCCAGGGCCUGGAGGAGCAAGUGGCCAUCACACGCCUGGAGCAGAUCUCUCCAUUCCCCUUUGACCUGAUCAUGCAAGAGGCAGAGAAGUACCCAAGUGCAGAGCUGGUGUGGUGCCAGGAGGAGCACAAGAACAUGGGCUACUAUGACUACAUCAGCCCGCGUUUCAUGACCAUCCUGAGUCGGGCACGGCCCAUAUGGUAUGUUGGCCGUGACCCAGCGGCUGCACCAGCCACAGGAAACAGGAACACUCACCUGGUGUCUCUGAAGAAGUUUCUGGAUACUGCCUUCAAUCUCCAGGCUUUUGAGGGCAAGACAUUUUAGAGCUGGGCAGUGCCUGCCUGGGUCUGGCUGUGGAGUUAGCUGGAAAUAUAGGGGUCUGGUUAGGGGAGGGGCAGUGGUCCUGCACAGGAGAGGUCUACUGGGGGCUCCAGGAUAAAACAUACUCCUUCAGUGAUUGAGGCUAUAGAGUAGCCACUGCUGGCUUUGGUAUUAUGCCACCUGGGCCAUUGUGUUUAUUUCAGAAUCUGCUAGGACCAAGAAAGCCAGAGCGGGUGAUAGAUGAGAUUUAGUUCUGGAGUGUUUCCCCAGCUGUCCUGGUCUUUCUGGAAUUUGUGUGUGGCUUCUCAAUCUGUGUCAUUCAUGUCUCUACAGACAGCCACCCAGGACCCCUGGUUGUUCUCUCUUAUUCUAGCAGAUCAGGCUGCCCCUCACCCUGUCCUUGUACAUCUGUAGAUUCAAGGAAUGUUCUCUUUUGUGCUCUUAGAAAUAGAGAUUUCAGCAAUAACAACCAGGUGAAGCAAAACCAUGUCAGGUGAUUCAUAUGUGCUCUGUUUUAUGGGGCGUUUCAUAAUGAGAUAUGUCAGCUUCUGUGUGAAUUACAGCCACAGCUCAUGUGCACCAAACUAGAAAACCAAAUAACAGAAAUAAAAAAAAAAAUGUUUAAGAGAGAUUUUUCUGUUUUCAUUUCCUAUUGUAAAAUUGGGAGAAGAAGCAGAUGGUUUAGAGAGGCUAUGGAAGGGGGAGAAGAAAAAACUAAAUAUGUAGAUGAUAAAAUAUUUGCCUUUAUUGGACAGAUUUUCCUUUGAUCACCAGGCAAUGUUUGCAAAUCUGUUGGUAUCUCCACUCUUCAGCCUUUGGUUGGUUUUGCUUCCUUGCAAAGAUGCUGGGGAAGCUGCGGCACAGGAAGGAUUUUUUGCUUUUUGCCAAUCAUUUAUUCAUUUAUCCCUUUCUCAGAGCACUUCUGUGCUAGACAUGGGAGCACAGGGUGAAAGAAUGUGCAUCUGUGUGCUGGCUCUUCCAUUUCAGGAGUCCAACUGGGAAGACAUGUAAACACUUUUAUUCAUCAAGUUAUGAGUUAUGUUGGAGGUAAGUGCAGAGGAUUGUGGAAGUCCAGGAAGGUGCCCUGGAGGAGGUGGUGUUUGAAGGAAGAAGAGUAUUACAGGAGAACACAGGAGAGAUGAGCCUUCCUUGGAGCAGACCCAGAAAUCUGGCCAUAGGAUUGGGAUAAGGCAACCUAAAGGAAAAAUCAGCCUGAAGUUGGAGAACAGUGUAAAGUUCCAUCAGCCUCAAAUAAAGCUUGUUAGGGAAGGCUGCAGAUGGGCUGGUAGGGGCCAAUUGCCGAGAUCACCAAACUGAGGAAGACCAAUCACAUGAAAAGAUGGCUGCAAACUCUACACACAUAAGAACUAACUGGAAGUAAAAUGGAGCUCAUGGAACAAGGACUUUAAAUGAACUGUAAUAACUUUAAGAGGGCAAGAAGGAUAUUGCUGCUAUGAAAUAAUAACAGACUAAAAAAUUAAUCAGAGUUUGAGAAAAUACUAAAUAUUACCAAAAUAAAACCUCAAAAAUGAGCUGAAUAGAAGAAUGGACACAGCCGAAGUGUGAAAUAACAAAUUUGGACUUAAGGCCUAGGAAUUCUAAGAAAAUAGAACAAAGAGAAAAGAUGUAUUUUUAAAAAUUCUUUAAAGAGACAUGGAGUACAUAUAGAUCCCACAGUUCUGACGUCAUUGUAACAGGAAUCCCAGGAAGAGAAAAAAUGAGGGAAUUUUAUGAUGGAAAUGUUCUGUCUUUUGAUUGUAUUAGUGUCAAUAUCCUGGUUGUGACAUUGUACUAUAGUUUUGCAAGAUGUUAUUAUUGGGAGAAAUUGGAUAACUGCAACAUGAGAUAUAUUUCUUACAACUGCAUGUAAAUAUAUAAUUAAAUAAAGAAGUUUAAUUAAAAAUGAA